CCGCAUUCUAAGCUUUGGGUAAAGCUUAUGAUAUAGCGGUAAUGAUCUGUGCUAAAAGUGCUAAAACCACAGCAACAACGGGUAUGGAAGGUGUUUGUAGCGGUGGGCGGGGGCGUGGGGCGAGCACAAAACCAAGUGACAAACUUACGGCCAACAGCAGCAGCAGCAGCAACAAUAACAGCAGCAGCAACAGUAACAACAACAACAACAACAGCAACUGGCCCGUUUGGAGCAGCGCGCAUGCCACACACAGUUUAAAUAUGUGAAAUUAGUACAAAUCGUGAUUUCAACAGCGAACGACCGACGACGAACGACGAAGCGGCGAAAACAACAACGAACGUGUCGGGGGAUCGUAACGUCAACGUCGAGUGGCAACACCAGCAGCAGCAGCACCAGCAACGUCACGUCGCACGUAUGUAUUGCGGCAACAACAACAUGCAAUAAAACAGCUGAUAGCAGCAACAAAUAGAAAACCCAAAACAGUCAGCAGCAGCAACAACAAUAGCAAUAACAAUAACAACAAAGCGUCGCAUUAUCAAGCGAGCAACCAACAGGUCUCCGGGCAGAGCAGCCGCAACAACAACAUCUACAGCAGCAGCAGCAGCAGCUACGUCGAGCCGUUGAGUGAGCGAAAAAAAGCCCCCGCGUGCCGCUGCAACCAGCACACAUACACACACGUACAUACUUGCGCACAUGCUAGUCCGUACGUGUGCACACACCAAUACAAACAGCAAACACAGAGUCGCGCACACCUUUGCGUUGAUUUUGGACGAAACAGCGACGCACAGUGGUGCAGAAAGCUUGUGCGAGCAAAAGCUAAUUCCACGUGUUGUGUACCACUGUGCUUCGCACACUCGCGCGCUCUCUCGCACAAAGUGCAGCUGAGCUGCCGUUUGGCCGCCGCCGCCGCCACACUUGCCGCUGCCGUUACUGCUUCUGCUGCUGCUGCUGCUGCUGCUACGCUUCCUCUGCCACACAACCGCUAGCCGCGGCCGCCGCCGCCUCAGUCGAAAGUCAAAAGCAACGUGUUGUGGACGCUUAUUUUUUACGUCGCGUUGCGUUUUGCGUUGCGUUGCGUUUACCUUCUUUGCUACCUUCCUCUCUCUCUCUCACUCACACUGUCUCUCUCCGGCAGCCGCUUGCGCGCGCGCGCAUCCAUCCAACCCAACCGAACCGAACCGAACCAGCACCAUCCAACAAACCACCCACUGCACCACAACAGCAACAGCAAGCAGCAUCACCACUGCCUCCUUUAACAGUUAACUUUCUCCGCACGAUGUCCAGCAGUGGCGCCAGCGCAGCGCAGUACAAACUUGACGCCAACUCCAAUGCUAUCGCUUUGAUUGCUGCUGACGCCGCAGCGCUGCCGCCGUCGCCGUCGCCGUCCGCGUCGGCGCAGGCAUCGCCUGCGGACCGCAUUGAAUGGUCGCGCGCCACGAUAUUGGGCUUCAUCGAGGAUUAUCGACGGCAGCGCGUGCUCUGGGAUCCUAAUACCAAAGGCUACCACAUCAAACAGACAAAAUACGAGGCACUCAAGCUGCUCAGCCAGAAAUAUGGAACAGAAAUACGCUCAAUUCGCUCAAAAAUCAAAUCGCUCCGCUCCUCAUUCCAUCGUGAGCAUGGCAAGGUGAUCAACGGCCGCAGCCGAGGCGUUCACUAUCAGCCCAUGUGGUUUGCAUAUGAGGCUAUUCGAUUCAUAUUGGAUGGGGAACGGGACGCCGACACCUCUGGUAUGGAUGCCGUCGUUGACGGUGACGUAGAGCCGGCGGCGGCGGCAGCGCUGCUGGACUCGGAAGCAGCUGAUAAACUGACGCUGAUGCAUAGCCUAGAUUUGGAACAGCUGACAGCUGCUGCUGGCAAGCAACAGGUUGAGCAGCACGAAGACUUCGCUGCUCGCGUCGCUGCCGCAGUGGCUGCGGUGGCUGCGGCAGCAGCCGCGGCCAACGUCAGGGAACGGGAACACAAUAUGGAUGACGAUGCAGCGGCUUCGGAUGGCAAUUCCAAUGGCUGUGCGGGCAAUGGCAGCGGCAGCGACGCAACAGCAUCAUCAGCAGCGGCCGCUGCAGCCAUCUCAGCUGCUGUGACACGUUCCUCUUCCGAUUUGGACGGCGAGAGCUAUUGCAAUAUCAGCGCCGAAGAUGUGAAAACAGAAAUUAUCGAGCACGAACCGGAGCUGGGUAUGCUCGAGAGGCAGACGAGCACGCCGCUCUCCCUCUCAGCGAGCUACUGCAAACCCACGGAUCUGACAUAUAAUCCGCGCAAGCGUAAAGCGCAAAUGGAUGAGCUCGAUGGCUGUGAUGUCAGCGCUGGCGUGGGCGUUGGCAUUGUUGGGGGCGUGGUUGGGGCACUAACUCUGACGCCCAUCAAGUCGACAGGGCAGACGACAGCGCUACAGCAACAGCAUCAACAUCAGCAGCAGCAGCAACAGCAACAUCCACACAAUCAGAUCGCAUUUCAUACGCUGCAGCAACACUUUAGCCACAAUCUCAGCCAUAGCAGCCACAAUGGCAAUGGGCAUACACAACCGCAGCAGCUACAACAUCAGCAGCAACAACAACAACAACAUUCCAAUAACAUGGCACAAAAACGUGAUCGUGGUCGUGAUCUCUCCUGCUCGCCAACUCUGGCUAACAACAACAACAACAACAACAACAACAACAGCAACAAUAACAAUAGCAACAACAACAACAGCUCCUUAGAUCUGGCCACAACAGCCAGCAGCGGCGUAUCCAGCCUGACUGCCACGCCCCUCAAAAUGAACAACAACAGCAGCAGCAUGGCCGGCAGCAGCCAUGUGGAUGAAUAUGGGGUGUUUGGUGAGUACGUGGCCAUCACCAUAAGAAAACUGAAGACGUCCAAGUCGAAGAUAGUCGUGAAGCAUUUGAUCAACAAUUUGCUGUAUGAAGCGGAGCUGGGCAAAUAUGAUCAGGGCAUGCCGGCCUCCAAGGAGCCGCCACAGCUCUAUAAAAUGCAAUAGACAGCCAGAAAGGAAGCGAGAGAGUGGGAGUGGGAGUGGGCGUGGGAGCAGUCAAAAGUCCGGCAACUUGUAGUUAAGGAAGAAAGAGAAAGGGAGAAAACGCACUAGUCAGCAAAUAAGAGCAACAAGAGCCAACAAAUUCUAAGCGUAGUUUAGGGGCGGGUUUUUAUUUUUUGAUAAAUAAAUAAGCCAGGCGCAUUUCAUUCAGGGACAAAGACCAUUUAAGUACUUUUAUAUGAAACACAUAUAUAUGUUAUAUGUACAUAAAUACUAUUAGACAUGCAUAUCAGCGAUUAGUCAAUCAAACAGUCAGUUGCAAAUACAAACAAACAAACAUACAAACAUACAUACAUAUAAACACAUAUAGA